GAGGGCGUCGUUUAGUCAGCUGAUAAUGAUGUAGUUUGACGUGUGCUAGUAUUGUGAGUAGCCGUCUGGAAAAAUGUUACGGAUUUCAUUAGUCGUAUUCCGAUAAAAAAAAAAAAAUUCCUCGGAUGGUCAUAAAUUUUUCCUCAUUAAAAUUAAUGAAAGGAUGCAGAAGAGCACCGGCGAAUCUCUUUGGAGCGGAUUGGCCGCUAAAUCGCGAAGUACAACAUUAAUUUCUCUGGAGAAUAACAGAAACGAUAACGAUGAAGAAGAAGAGAAAACCAAGAAAACAAAAACAACAUUAAUGGAAGAUUUAAGGACGGGUAAUUAUGCAAAUUGGGAUCCGGAAAAAUGCAUCAAGCUAUUAAGAUCUCCCAGUAUACAGAAUUACACCGGAUUGAGGAAACUAUUUUCUCAGUGCAAAUCACAAUGGAUGAUAGAAUUUAUGGAAUUAGAUGGAUUGGAAGUUUUAUUGGAAAGUUUGGAAGUAUUGAGCAGGCGAAACUGUGGAAAUGUGAAAUUUUCCGACGCUCUGCUGCAGUUGGAGUGUGUCGAGUGCGUUCGAGCAGUUAUAAAUUCCAAACAUGGACUCGAAUAUAUCGUCAGAAGGCCCGAUUACACUAGGAAAUUAGCUAAAGCUUUAGAUAACAGAAACACAAUGGUAAAGAAGCAGGUGUUCGAAUUGCUAUCUGCUAUAUGCGUUUACGCAGAAAAAGGUCAUGCCUUGGCUCUCGAUGCUUUAGAAUCUUAUAAGAUUACAAAAAAUCAAAGGUAUAGAUUCAGCUUUCUUCUACAAGAACUGAAAGGUUCGGAAGUUCUGUCAUAUUCAGCCACACUUCUGGGUUUCAUUAACUGUAUUAUUAUUGGAACCAAUGAGUUGAGAAAGCGAAUUAAAAUACGAAAUGAAAUGAUUAGUUUGGGUUUAUUAGAACUAAUAAGUUCUUUGAGGUACGUGGAUGAUGAUGAUGUAUUCAUCCAAUGCCAUGUUUUUGAUACUUCCAAACACGCGGAUGACGAACACGAAGAAAGUCUUGGUAUUAAAUCGACGUCUAGUCAUUACGAUAUCUUUGAAUCUGUUUUAAAAAAGGAGAGUCGGUUAGAUUCUUUUUGA